UAGUUUGGCGCGUUUGUCAUCUGAUAAUAGCUCUGUUGUUUGUCGCUCAAGGUUCUGUUCUAUGGUUUCGGAGCUCUGUUGUGUUGUAAAGAGCACGGAACCGGCGUGUGCUUCGUUUUGGUUUUACGUUUGUGCUUUGUUUCUUUUCCUAUUUGAAUAAGUGCUUUGUGAUGGCAUUGGUGCACUUGUGGCUUACCGGGUAGGAAUUAGUUCUGUGAUUGCAUAGCUUUCUCAUUGACACGAGCAAGUUGCUACAAUGGAGUUUGGCAUAUCUUAUUGGUGCUAGUCCAUACCCCUUAUCGACUAGUGGUGUAAAGAAUUUCCAUACUGUCAAGAUGUGGUGACCCGUGUACAAGAUUCAAUGCUGAAAUGCUGGAGACAAUAACAGAUACUGCAUUGAAGAGCUCUUGUAGUUUGGAUGUUGAGAAAUAUUCUACUUGUUAUAAGCUUGCCGUCUUGAGUCAGUUGAUGGAGUUCGUAGCUUUGAAGUCGAGUUCAGAUUCUGUUAGUCUGUGCAAGGAGGAAUUCAGUUAUCCUGAUGAUGACUGUAACCAUAAGCAUCGUCGACAGCAGGCACUGCCCGAGCCUUCAAGCACAGAUGCUUUUCAACAACUUGUAAUGACGCCAUCUGAAAAGGUCCAUGAACGUUUUGAAAGUGAGCACCUUUUCCCUGAAAAAAAAGAUAUUUCUACGAAGUUUGGAAGGUCUGCUGGUCCCUCUGUCUCAGUAUUAAUCCCUGAAGUUCCUUUUGACUCAAACCAAAGAGUAAAGCAAGCGUCUUUUGUGGACCCUGGGCCAGGUAGAGGACGUGGAAGGGAUGCUAGUCCAUGGAGCCAAUACAAUUCUAGUUAUCCGUCAGCAGAUGUUUUGCCCCAUAUAGUUCAUCAGGGCUCCAUUUCUUUAAGUGGAAAUGCACUGCCGAAAAUUCCAUAUCCACAUAGUGCGCUGAGGGAUGCAUAUGGAGCAUCAAAUGGAGGUUUUGAUCACCGUAGUUUGUAUAUCUAUCAAGGAGCAUCUAGGCCUCCAUUAAGUUCUUCAUUGAGCUUGGGCUUUCCUCGCCUAAGAUGUACAGACUUUGAGGAGCUAGGAUAUUGUCUAAGAGGUGAUAUGUGCCCCAUGGAGCAUGGUAUCUAUCGAAUUGUGGUUGAAGAUGUUCAGAGCCUUUCACAGUUUAACCUCCCUCUUUCAAUUUCAAGCACAAACCUACAAGGAACAUCUGCUGUUGCAGGACCUCCACCUCCUGCUAAUGUCCCUUCAGUGAGGUUGAUGAAUGAUAAGGAACCACUUAGCAACAGCAAAGGAAGAAUUACCGGUGAUGAUUUAAUCUGGAACCAUGAGUACUCUUGUUCUACUGAUGGGGGUGACGCAGAUCUAUAUGAUCCUGAUCAGCCCCUCUGGAACAGUUUUGAUUCUGGGACAUCAUCUUCACUCUUCACUCUACUGUCGAGGUUUGAUGAAGCUGAAAUAAUGACGAAUGAUGUUGUUCAUCGUGCGAGAGAAAGCGCUGAAGUUGAUACCCACAAUCAAACAACUGGGCAUCUUCUGGCAAAUUUAUCGCAUUGGAAGAGGGGAGGAAUUUCAAGAAGUGUAGUAACAGAGAAAAGUAAAUUAUGUUCUGCUAUGGGUCUUACCAGACUCUUAGAAAAUGAUACCAAUUCAGAAGAGCCUUUCAUCACUUCCAGAUGUCAAGCCACAGACCCCUCUCUUAAGACACAAGAUGAUGUAAUAGGUGCUCGCAAGCCAACCCAGAAAGCAGAACGCACUCUGUUUGUUAGUGGCAUUCCCCAGCAAAGCAACAAAGUACAAUCUCUUCUUUCUCAUUUCCGAAAAUUUGGGGAAGUUACUGAUAUCUACAUUUAUGAAAAUAGUCAACGAGCUUUUAUCCAAUUCUCAAAGUGGGAGGAAGCUGAAGCUGCUCUAAAAGCUCCUGAUGCAGUAUUAGGGAACCGCUUUAUCAAGUUGUCCUGGGCUAAUCGGGAUAGAAUACGGGAGAAUGGUAUAAGGGGUGGAAGUUCUACAUAUAAGACUCAUGGUCAGAAAAGUGGUUUAGUUCCUUCCUGGGCAUUUGUCCGUAAUAGUGGGAAGGACAAUGUUCAACAUGGUGCUGCAAAGGCUGAUGACGUUCAGGAUUUGCAUAUUUCAUCUUCGCCUCACCCCCGAAAAAUGAAGCCUGGGCCCACAAAUGGCUCCAGGGUUCUGCCUCCUUUAAAUAAGAAACUAGCUACUGUGGAGCAAUUGAAGGAGGAACUUCGAAAAAAGCAAGAAUUGCUGGAGCAGAAACAGAAAGACUUCAAGCGUCAGUUGGAGAAGCUAGAGAAACAAGCUGCUGGAAUCAAGGGUGACGUAGCUGCCGAGGAACCUGCCAAGAGACAAAAGCUGGUAUCAGCAUGUGAUGUCCCAAAAUCGGCAGAUUUAGGAUCAUCUAAGACUGGUUCAUCCCCAGGCUCCUGUAACACCGCUAACAUCGUGACAUUACCUCAUGCGAAAAUGGCGGACAGUCAGAAGAAAUCAGCGGACAAUGCGAAGAAUCCCAAUACAAGCUCAGUUAGGACACUACAGGACUCUACUAGUUUCAAGCCAUUCAAUUGUCCUACAGCACCUCUCAGCACCUCUUUUUUGGCAGAUAGAUACAAGGUAGACAGUCGUCCUACUGCAUUUAAAAUCAUUCCACCUUUACCCAGUGGUCUUGCAAAUGUUGCUGCUUUGAAGGAGCAUUUCUCGCCUUACGGCGAACAUUCUAAUGUGGAGUUCAAAAAUAUCGAAGCUAACGCUGAUUUAUCUGAGUCCUGGACUACAAAAAAUUGCUCAGCCUGUGUCAGAUUCACAACACGGCAGUCUGCUGAGAGGGCAUUUAUGCAUGGUAAAUGCUGGAAAGGCCACUACAUGCAAUUCCUGUGGUUGAAAUCGAAUGACUCUAUACCUGCAGCUAAGGUAGCCUCUGAAACUGAUAAUCCAUCAGCUGGAAAAGAAUCUUCCAUAUCUUCACAUGGACCCGCCGCCUGGGGAGCUGGGAAUUCAGGAAUUUCAGAGAGCAAAUUAUUUUGUAGCAACAACAAAGCCGGCGAAGUUUGUUAGGCAAUCCAACAUUAACAUCUACUAACAGUGUUGCAGAGUCACCGAAGGGGAUAAAAGUUGAGCCAAGCCCGACAUUUUUGUAUGGUUAACGCAAAUCCUCGAGCUCCCGAGCAUUCUGUAGGUAGACCUGCUUUAGGAAAUUACAAAUAUUUCAUGUUUAACUUUUUGCCGAUUGUGAAAGGGGGAACUAUCAGAUUUGAAACAUCAAAUGAGAGUAAUGAUUCAUUAGUUGACUGAUAAAUCUCGUAUUACAGAGGGCUGUAGUUGUAUAUACUACUUCGUAUAGCCAACGUUGGAAGAAA